GACUGCCUGACGUGGCGGGGGCUCGGCCGGGAGACCCCCCGGCCUCCGGCGCGAGCUUGGCGCUGUGGUGCGGGCGGCCGAGGCCUUCGUGCGGAUGAGGCGGCCGGUGGCCGUCCCAGCCCGGUCGGCCAGGCUCUGUCGCCGGCCGCGGGUCCGAUUGUGGCCUCCGGCCAGUCCCCGACCCUCGAGGCUACGCGAGCAGGGAUUGCAACAGGCGCCAGGGCGGGCCUGGCUGCCGCGCCUGGCGUGACCUCAGACUCUUCAGCCGCGGCUGCGGUUGCUGAGAGAAGCCGCAGAGUUCGCGCUGUCAGUGCAAAAUCACUGGGUUGUACUAGUUUAGAUCAUUUUGGAUCUUGCCAGGCCGAACGAACAGACCCGGCGGGGCGCGACGGGGCCACCUUCUGCCCGCGGCUGCUUCCUAGGGUCAGGCCGAGCUCUGAGAUGCUCCUAGUCUGCGCCUCGGGAAACAAGCCACGGAGCACGUCAGCACCCCGUGGAGACUUCCUUCUUGGAAAUAAGGACUCGCUCCCUCCUCUGCUCUUUCCAAGCUGCUGGUUUUUCUUUUGUUGCACAUCUUGCGUUGUACUGCUAAAGAUUGGGCUGACUAGAGUGGUGAGGGCUGCUGUGGCUGUCAGGAUGGCAGAGGAGCAGGAGUUUGCCCAGCUGUGCAAGCUGCCAACACAGCCCUCCCACUCACACUGCAUCAACAACACCUAUCGAAGCUCACAGCACUCCCAGGCCCUGCUCCGGGGCCUGCUUGCUCUGCGAGACAGUGGAAUCCUCUUUGAUGUUGUCCUGGUGGUAGAGGGGAGACACAUUGAGGCUCAUCGAAUUCUGCUAGCUGCUUCGUGUGAUUACUUCAGAGGAAUGUUUGCUGGGGGAUUGAAGGAGAUGGAGCAGGAAGAGGUCCUGAUCCACGGUGUGUCUUACAAUGCCAUGUGCCAAAUCCUGCAUUUCAUUUACACUUCUGAACUAGAGCUCAGCCUGAGCAAUGUGCAGGAGACCCUGGUUGCUGCCUGCCAACUUCAGAUCCCAGAAAUCAUUCACUUUUGCUGUGACUUCCUCAUGUCAUGGGUAGAUGAGGAGAACAUCCUUGAUGUCUACCGGUUGGCAGAGCUCUUUGACCUGAACCGUCUGACCCAACAGCUGGAUACCUACAUCCUCAAAAACUUUGUGGCCUUCUCAAGAACUGACAAGUACCGCCAGCUUCCUUUGGAGAAGGUCUACUCCCUCCUCAGCAGCAAUCGCCUGGAGGUUUCCUGUGAGACUGAGGUGUAUGAAGGGGCCCUGCUCUACCAUUACUCCCUGGAGCAGGUGCAAGCUGACCAAAUCUCACUGAAUGAGCCCCCCAAGCUCCUAGAGACUGUGCGUUUUCCCUUGAUGGAAGCUGAGGUCCUUCAGCGACUGCACGACAAGCUUGGUCCUAGCCCACUGAGGGACACGGUGGCCAGUGCCCUUAUGUACCACCGGAAUGAGAGCCUGCAGCCCAGCCUUCAGGGCCCACAGACAGAGCUUCGCUCAGACUUCCAGUGUGUUGUGGGCUUUGGGGGCAUUCACUCCACACCAUCUACAAUCCUCAGUGACCAGGCCAAGUACCUGAAUCCCCUCUUGGGAGAGUGGAAACACUUCACUGCCUCUCUGGCUCCCCGAAUGUCCAACCAGGGCAUUGCGGUGCUCAACAACUUCGUGUACUUGAUUGGCGGGGACAAUAAUGUCCAAGGAUUCCGAGCUGAGUCCCGAUGCUGGAGGUAUGACCCGAGGCACAACCGCUGGUUCCAGAUCCAGUCCUUGCAGCAGGAGCAUGCAGAUCUGUGUGUGUGUGUCGUAGGCAAGUACAUCUACGCUGUGGCAGGCCGUGACUACCACAAUGACCUGAAUACUGUGGAACGCUAUGAUCCUGCCACCAACUCCUGGGACUAUGUGGCCCCACUCAAGAGGGAGAAUUUUCCCCAUCUGUUGUUGCUGACACAAGCUGGAAGAUUUCCAAAUAUGUCAACACAGAGGGACAUGAAGAGACUGGAGGGCAGCCUGAUUCACAGGUUUUUACUCAAACUCCUCCCCACGGUAAAACUGCCACAGGACCUUCUGGAGGCCACGAAAUGCUUUGGAGUUUUUAUUUGUAUAAAGACAAUAAUAAUCGUAUACAUACAGCAUAGCACCUUGCUCUAGUCUAGUUUGGAGAUGCUUAAAAUUAUGUACAUGAUGCAGAGGUAAUGCUCUAUGGGGGUACAUCUUAUUUUUUGUGGUUCUGGGGUACUUUGGCCUACCCCAAACCACGUGUGGGAUUCCAAGGCAAGGGGUAGUCUUGUUGGCAUCAGCUCUAAAGCCCACUUGCUCCAGGCUGCCGCCUUAGAGAUUGCCAAGCACUCCAGAAUCAGGAUAGUGUAGUGGUCACCCAUUAAAAACUCUGACCCAGUCAGGGGCCUUGGCAGGAGCUCUGGCUUUGGAGUUCUUUCCACUACCUGUCGUUUUUUUCUCUCACCCUUCCUCAAACCUUUGGGGAUUAAGACUUUGACCUCAGUGAAUUGAGAUCAGGCUCUUCUGACCAAGUCACACAUAGAGCAGGGCUGAUUCUUGUCAUCCUUUCUACAGGCUCCAGCCAUGCCAGAUCCUUGCUCUUUAGCUUCUUUGUGGGGAAGGAAGCCCUGCCCUAGUUCUGGAGAAAGGAGCAUGGACAGUAUCUUGGGCUCUUGUGAUCUGAUAGGUCCUAUUCCAGGAAUUUGAGAAAGUUCUGUUUGGGGGGCCUUGACCUCUUUGUCUGAGACUGUGGACACAGCUGCAGUUCUUCAUCCUGGCCACAGAGGAGCAGUCUUGAACAUCACUCAGCUUAUUUAGUAGCUAGUUACCUUAUGCCUUUAUACAUGUGGUCCUGUCUUCCCCUAUUAACCAACUACUGUGUUCUAAUCAUGGAGAUCCCGUGGUGACAAAUGGUAAGCGCUCCUCCACAAGUGGAGUGACCAGGAGGUAGUUACAGUAAGUGGACGAAAGAAAUGAAGAGGAUCUGAGAUAUUCCAGAAGUCAGGACCCUUGAACUAUUAAGUGGAUAUGUAUUCUUUGGGAGUGUCUGUCUGCGUAGGUGUCAGAGUAAGGCCUAAAAAUAAAUUAGCCAUUUUCAGUGGACAGAGAACCUCCCAGGGCAGGGAGGGAGAAGCUUGAAGAGCCCUUGUGAAGAGCAGAAAGCCUGAAGUAUAAAGAAGAGGAAAAAACAGAAUGGUUUGGAGGCCACUCAAGGUGGUUCAUAGAUUUAAAUGUAAAACUAGACCCUUUAGACAAAUGAAACAGAACAGGAGCCAGGUGUG